GGCAAAAUCGGAGUGAUCGGACUGCCUUCGUUCAAUCCCGAUAGUUCCUAGCCCUGGAUUUACCGUCCGCCUAGCCUUAGAGUUGCCACCCACCUAAAGCCCUAGAUUCCUUCAACUUGCUUCAGAUCCAUGACUUGAGGGGAUGAAUGGCUUGGUGACAAGGCUUCCACGAAGAUCCCUUCACAUGGGAUGAAAGAGGAAGGGACCAAUUUGGAGACGACGGGACAAGGGGUGGGCAUUCGGCACAUCGGAUGUUGAUGGGUUCAAUCAAGCGUUGAUCUCCAUGUUGACUGAUUUGAGCAGUCAUGCGGUAACCGGGGCCUCUCUUCGCAAGUAUGCGGCAGAUAACGUGAUGGGUCCGGAUUUCUUUCUGAGAAUUUACGCACUCAUGCAGUGCACUCCCGAUCUGUCUCAGCAAAAUUGCAGCGAUUGUCUGACAACGGCAACCUCUAGGAUCUCUUCUAACUGCUAUGGGAAGAUCGGAUGCAGAGUUCUGCAACCCAGCUGUAAUUUGAGAUACUAGACCGACCCAUUUUUUGCAGCCGUAGAUAACAUUCCCCAGCAAGGGCCGCCGCCAUCGUCACCUCCGCCAACAGAAGAAUUGUAAAAAAAUGUUAUCAUCUGGACAAAAUUCAGCUACUACAUCUUCUCAACCUUCAAGAGCUAAAACAAAUGCAGCAUGAGAGUAUUGUAUUGAAGUUAUAAAAGAGUCAACUGGUGAAGAAAAUGAUGAUAGUUAUGAUAGUGAAAAUGAUUUUUAUGAACGUGAUUUGGUUUAAUGAAGAUCCUCCUCAUCUAAGGGAUAAACAAUGAAUAAUUUUAAUUUAUGCAUCAUUUGCAUAUUGAUUUGAAUUUUUGAACUUGUUUUUCAUAUAUGUGUGUGCGUGUGAGAGAGAGACUUGUUAAUUUUGAUACUUGUAGUUGUAUGACACUUCUUUUUAUCUA